AUGGCGGAGUCGAAGACGGCGGGCGUUUUCGAGCGCGCAGACAACAACGACCGCAACAUGACCUCCAUCGAUGAGAAACACUCGCAAGAGUCGCAGACCUUACAUCUUCACCACACACGAGCCGACGAGCAUCGCCAUGGCACUGAGUCCGGCAAAGAAGUCAUCGAUCCACACGCCGGCGUCACCAAGGUCGAGGCCUUCAAUAAGAUGCUCAAAGAGUCCAAGAGCGGCACGGUCUUGCUAUGGGUUCUGGGAAUCUCCUUGAUUCUGACCAUGUUCGCCUACUCCCUCGAUCAAGGCACGACCUACAUCUUCAACGCCAUCGCAGCUUCAGCCUACGAAAGCCACGCACAACUCGGCGCCAUCACCACCGCCAACCAAGUUGUUCGCUCCGUCGCCAAACCCUUCCUCGCCAAGAUCGCAGACAUCACCUCGCGCCCGACAACCUACGUUAUCGUCCUCAUCUUCUAUGCCGUUGGCUUCACGGUUGCUGCAAGCACACACACCCUAACCGGGUACAUCGUCGGUAGUAGCUUUACCGCCUUUGGGAAAUCUGGUCUGGACUUCCUGGGUGAUCUGAUUGUGGCUGACCUGACCAGCAUGCAAUGGCGAGGCUUCUUUGGCUCCCUGCUGAGCUUGCCCUUCAUCGUUACCGUCUUCAUCGACGGCUUCAUCUCCGACGGCUUUCUGCCGGAUAACUGGCGCUGGGGUCUCGGCAUGUUCGCCAUCAUGACGCCAAUCUUGCUGAUUCCCGCGAUUGUUACACUCUACUUCAUGGAGCACAAAGCGAAGAAACUGGGCAUGGUCAGUGCUGGUGGUAGCAAGUUCGCGAGAACUAGUCAGCUCGAGAAGCAGCCUGCGACUUCUUGGCUCAAGAUGGCCGGCAAGGCAGUCAUUGACGUGGAUCUGAUGGGUCUUCUGCUUCUGAGCUUUGGGUUUGCAUUGAUCUUGCUGCCGAUCAAUCUAUACGGGCAGGCAAAAGGAGGCUUUGACAACCCAAGCAUGAUCGCGAUGAUCGUCAUUGGAUUCGUUCUGAUUGUCGCCUUCGCCCUAUACGAAUACUUCAUCGCCCCAACACCACUCGCAAGCCGAAACAUCUUCAUGAACAGAGCCUUCAUCGCGGCUCUUGGAAUUGAAUGCUCGACGCAACUGGCAAGCAGUGUUCACAGCCUCUACUUUGCAUCCUACAUCUUGGUGAUCCAGAACUGGAGUAUCUACGUGACGAACCUCUUCACCAACAUCACCACGCUACUGCUCUGCAUCUUGGGCCCUGUCACUGGUCUCAUUCUGGCGAAGACGCAUCGUUACAAGUCGCUCACUCUAGCAGGCGCCGUCCUCAAACUCAUCGGCUACGCCAUGCAACUCCACGGAGACCGCAGCACACAGAGCACCGCCAUCCUCGUCAUCUCCCAAAUCAUCCUAGGCUUCGGUGCCUUCAGCGUCGUCGGCGGCCGCGUCGCAUCACAGGUCUCCGUCCCUCACGAAGACCUCUCACAAGUUAUCGCGCAGCUCUCGCUCUGGUCCUCGCUCUCCUCAAGCAUCGGUGGCACGAUCGGCGCUGUAGUCUGGGAGAACGAGAUGCUGCCAAAUAUGCGGGACGAGUGUCCAUCGAGCACGUCGGCCGCGACUUUGAGGAAGAUUUACGGGUCUAUCAAGUCGUUGAGGGACUAUCCUUUCGACAGUACGAUCCGACAGUGUGGAAUCACAGCGUACACGCAGACGAAUGGGACGCUGUUCAUAAUUACUUGCUGCAUUGCGAUCUUGUCGAUCGUGUUCUGUUUCUUGUUGCCAGAUUACUAUCUCGGCACGCGCCACAACGUCGCCAGCGACACACGUCCAGAUGGAGAUAGCGCUCACGAAGACAUCGCGCACCGUGGGCCGCAGACGCAGAGCACCACGCUUUGGGGCCGCUUCUGGGGCUACUAUCGUAAAGAGACGAAUUAA